AUGAGUGAGCCAGCUUUACUCAACUCCAAUGAUCCUACAGAACCUCAUGAUGAUGGAUAUGAAUAUUUGACGGGAUUACCAGAUGAAGAAGGGACGGUUAAGUAUUCCUUCUGUUGCCGACGGGUACACGUCGUGAUAAUGACGAAAAUCAUAAGUAUUAUAACAAUUCCUUUCUAUCUGGCUGUCACUUUAUUUAUUUGGCAUUUCGGCAAUGAGCUGGCCUUUCUCUUCACCGCCAUUAUCAUCGGCUCUGUGAUCGUAUUCUCCAUACAUGGAGCGUUUAAAGGAAGUAAAAUGUGCCUUAUUCCAUAUAUAUUUCUUCAGACGUUAUUUGUUAUUUAUGAUAUUGUAUUAGUAGGAAUAUGCAUUUAUGGUUCAAUUAAUCAUAAGAGUUUUCUUGCUCGCCUUGUUGAAGCGGAAAUUCUUCGUUUCGGCUUCUUUGACAACUUUCAUUCACAAAUAGGAUUGUUGGUAUUAUCAUUGAUUUUAACACUUCUGCUUCUUCCUCUGGUAUGGACGAUUCAUGUGGUCUAUUUGGAUUUUCUUUUUAUUGCUGAAGUUGAUGAAAUGCUCGAUUACAUUCGAGAAGUUAACGAAAAUUGUUCCAAAGAUGAUACGUCUCCGACUACUGCACAAGCAGCUUCUAAAAUUAAUAAUUUCUAA